CGGACCUGCAGCCUGUGUAAGAAACAGGACGCGAGCUCAGCGCGCAUGCGCAAUCCUUGUAAAUAAGGAAGUUGACGUAGAUUUUCCAAGUUAUGUGGCACUGCGGAGGUACAAUGUGCGCACGAUAGACAUUUAUGCCGUUAUAACACGAGUUUAAGCUCCUAUGCCAUAAUGAAGGCAGCUAGAAGCAAUAUGUUGGGUGCUGGAACAUCCAACAACAAGGUCAAGUAUUCACGACUGGCUGCUGAUGACGAGGGUUACAUAGACUUACAGUUUAAGAAAAGCCCCCCAAAGGUCCCGUACAAGGCGAUUGCGCUGGCAAUAUUCCUGUUUCUGAUUGGCUCCUUACUCAUAAUCUUCGGAGCUCUUCUUCUGUCAGGAACCAUAAAGGUUGAGCAUCCAGACCGCACCAUUCCUGUCAUCAUCAUCGGGCUACUGGUUUUCCUUCCCGGAUUUUAUCAUUUGAGAAUCGCCUACUACGCCGCCAAGGGUUACCGGGGUUACUCCUAUGAUGACAUCCCAGAUUUCGGCGACUGAGCCGAACGACAACUGCUGAUGCCACGCCGUUCGAUCAGAGACUGCUGCCUGACGUUUACUUUGAGUUUCUGAAUGUACGUAGCAAAUAAAUCAGAACUUGUAUUGCUGUUCAGCAUUUUAACGGUUUCGCCGUAUCGGUUUUACAAUUUUGUGUUGUUUACUCAUGGCUGUGUUGCAUCAUCCUCGACACAAAAGCUCGACAAAGUCUUUAUAUAUCCAGCAACAGCAACCAAACACUUGUAGUGAUUGCAUCGAGUAGAAGAUGCCACAUCUGCUGCUUAUCUGUGACAGUACAACGACAUGUUGCUGAUGAAGACUACUCACCGCACUGUCAAGACAUGAUAACCAACCUCAGAUGAGUGGUGAAACAUUUUUAUAGAGACUGCUAAGAUGCCUUUAACUUACUACUGCUUGAAGUCCAUGACCCGGGUUACUGAGAAUCUUUCUUUGCACAGUUUCAUAGUCUAUCUUAAACCUAUAUUUAAUGUAGUCAGUAUGAUAUGUGAAUCUCUGGCUGCUGUAUUUCUCCAGAAGGAUUAUAUUUGCAGUACUAUCCAAAGAGUGAUUACUUUGUUGAAGAACAGUAUAUUUUUUAAUUGAAUGUAUCACUUUCUGUAUUAAGUCUUGCUGUUUGUGCAUAUUCAUUUGGUUUUGAAUAUCAAAGAUGUAUUUUUACAUACAUUGCUUAAGAAAUUAAAGAAGAACUCUGAUGCAGAAUCUGAA